AUGGGGAUGGUUCGGAUGUGGAGUGGUGUUUCAAAGCCUCAAAUGGUAGAUCGGGAGAAGAAGAGGAGGUUUUGGAGUGAUUUGUUGAAUUUCAAUGAGAGGUUCCCGGAGGGGGAAUGGUUUGUGGGAGGGAAUAUUAAUGCGGUUAAAGCGGAGGAAGAGAUACGGGGCUAUUCGAGGGUAGUUAAAUUUAGAGAGAUGGAGGAAUUUAACGGUUUCAUUAAUAGUAUGAAGGUUGUGGAUGUGGGGGCAGUUGGAAGGAUUUUCUCGUGGUAUAGUCUUGAUGGGGCGGGGAACGAUCGAAAUUGGGGUCCAAAGCCUUUUAAAUUUUUUAUUUCGUGGACUAAACAUGCUGAUAUUUAUUCCUUUGCUCAAGUUAAUUGCCUUGCUUCUCCUAGAGGUAACAAAUCUAUCUACUCUUUCAAAGAAAAAUUGAAGUAUCUUCGUGGUAAACUUCGGGUGUGGAAUGUGAAGGUUUUUGGUUUCUUGAAUCUUCAAGAAGAGGAGGCUUUUAAAAAUUUGAAUGCUUUGGAUUUUGUUAUGGUGGGUGAUGAUCCGGUGGACAUUGAAGCUUUGGCCAUUAAUCGUUCUUUGGCUUCUAAAAGAGUAAGGAACUCGUUUAUUGGCUUGAAUUGUGUUGAUGGUUGGAUGGAUGACGUGGGGUUGGUUAAGGAAGAAGUUCAUAGCCAUUUUGUAAGAAGAUUUUCCAAAACUUCCUUUUGGAGGCCGAUUUUAGAAGGAGUUGUUUUUUCCAAUUUAUCUUUGGAGGAUUCUUUGAAUCUUGAGGUUCCAUUUUCAGAGGAGGAAGUGAGGGAUGUCUUAUGGAAUUCCGAUGGGGCUAAGAGUUCAGGGCCGGAUGGCUUUAAUAUGGGCUUUUACAAGGUGGAGAAUCCUAGUAGUUUGGAUGAUUUUAGACUAAUUUUUCUUAUCGGUAGUUUGUACCGUAUUUUGGCAAAUUUGCUUGCUCAUAGAUUGAAGAAGGUGAUUGGGAAGUUAGUAUCGAAUUGUCAAUCAGCUUUCGUGUCAAGAAGGAAUAUGUUAGACGGAGUGUUGGUUGUAAAUGAGAUUUUGGAUAUAGCGAAAAGACAUAAUAAGGAGUGUAUGAUGGUGAAAGUUGACUUUGAGAAGGCGUAUGAUUGUGUUGCGUGA